CUGUCUCCAAGAUGGCGGCCGUGUCAGUUUGGGGCAUCUCCGCGGUCCGGCCCGGGCCCCCGGGAUCCCGGCUGUCUUCCCCCCAGGAUUCUUCCUACUAAUCCAGAUACUUGUUGAAGUGCUGAAUAGUUUCUUGGGGACAAUGUGGAGGACGAGUUGACCCCCUAGACUGGUGAGCACAGAUUGCGGAGGACAAACUAGCACUCCUCCGGCUUAAGAUACUCACUUUCUGCUUGAAGCCGGGAAUGAGAUGUGUGGAACCCAGGAGUGUGUGUGGAGUAGACACCAAUGCGUUGUGAUAGUGAGGAUUUUGAAGAUACGACAGAAAAACCAGGUGUUUUGAUUUCUGAGGUAAAAGUAGGCUGUAAAUCUAUUUUGUGAAAGGAGGGAAGACUCAGGCCAGAAAUCUUGUAUGCUAUGGUUAACUGGUUCCCAUCCUCCGAGAAUCCUGUUUUCCAUGGUGUAAGACUUACUCAGCAUCAGGAUAAGGGAUAACGACUCUAUGGAUAUACAGAAUCCUUCACCAUGGUAAAACUCGCUAACCCGCUGUACACGGAGUGGAUUUUGGAGGCCAUCAAAAAAGUCAAGAAGCAGAAACAGCGACCUUCAGAGGAAAGGAUCUGCAAUGCCGUGUCCUCAUCCCACGGGCUGGACCGCAGGACUGUGCUAGAGCAGCUGGAGCUGAGCGUUAAAGACGGGACGAUUUUAAAGGUCUCAAACAAAGGUCUUAAUUCCUACAAAGAUCCUGAUAAUCCUGGGCGAAUAGCACUUCCUAAACCUCGGAACCAUGGAAAAUUGGAUACUAAGCAAAGUGUGGAUUGGAAUAAAUUACUCAAGCGGGCAUUUGAGGGCUUGGCAGAGUCUGGUGGCUCAACUUUGAAAAGUAUCGAACGUUUUUUGAAAAGCCAGAAGGAUGUAUCUGCUGCCUGUGGAGGUAGUGCUGCCCCUGGGUUUCACCAGCAGCUACGAUUGGCCAUCAAGCGUGCUGUUGGUCAUGGCCGACUCCUCAAAGAUGGACCUCUCUACCGCCUCAACACUAAGGCAGCCAGUGCUGAAGGGAAAGAGGGCUGUGAGUCGCUCUCGUGUUUACCUCCCGUGUCACUGCUUCCACAUGAGAAAGACAAGCCGGUUGCUGAACCAAUCCCCAUCUGUAGCUUCUGUCUUGGUACAAAAGAGCAGAACCGGGAGAAGCAGCCUGAGGAACUCGUCUCCUGCGCAGACUGCGGCAAUAGCGGUCAUCCAUCGUGUUUAAAGUUCUCCCCAGAGCUAACAGUGAGAGUGAAGGCCUUACGGUGGCAGUGCAUUGAGUGUAAAACGUGCAGCUCCUGUCGUGACCAAGGCAAAAAUGCAGAUAACAUGCUCUUUUGUGACUCAUGUGACCGAGGUUUUCACAUGGAGUGUUGUGACCCACCACUUACACGGAUGCCAAAAGGUAUGUGGAUAUGUCAGAUAUGCCGACCUAGGAAAAAAGGACGGAAACUUCUACAAAAGAAGGCGGCACAGAUAAAACGGCGCUAUGCUAAUCCAAUAGGACGUCCAAAAAACAGGUUAAAGAAACAAAACACGGUAUCAAAAGGUCCCUUUAGCAAAGUUCGAACUGGUCCUGGAAGGGGUCGGAAACGUAAAAUCACUGUCUCCAGCCAGUCUGCGUCAUCAUCAGAAGAAGGCUAUUUAGAGCGGAUAGAUGGCUUGGACUUCUGCAGAGAUAGCAAUGCCCCCUUGAAGUUCAACAAGAAAACCAAAGGGCUCAUUGAUGGCCUUACCAAAUUCUUCACCCCUUCUCCUGAUGGGCGGAAAGCCCGAGGGGAAGUGGUAGACUACUCUGAGCAAUACAGAAUCAGGAAAAAGGGCAACAGGAAAUCAAGUACUUCAGAUUGGCCCACAGACAAUCAGGACGGCUGGGAAAGCAAACAAGAAAAUGAGGAACGGCUUUUUGGGAGCCAAGAAAUCAUGACUGAAAGAGAUAUGGAAUUGUUUCGUGAUAUCCAAGAACAAGCACUGCAGAAGGUCGGAGUAACUGGGCCCCCUGAUCCACAAGUCCGCUGUCCCUCUGUCAUUGAGUUUGGGAAGUAUGAAAUCCACACCUGGUACUCCUCUCCGUAUCCUCAGGAGUACUCAAGGCUGCCUAAAUUGUAUCUUUGUGAGUUCUGUCUAAAAUAUAUGAAAAGUAGAACUAUUCUACAGCAGCACAUGAAGAAAUGUGGUUGGUUCCAUCCUCCUGCCAAUGAGAUUUACCGAAAGAAUAAUAUUUCUGUCUUUGAGGUUGAUGGGAACGUGAGUACCAUUUAUUGUCAAAAUCUGUGUCUCUUGGCAAAGUUGUUUCUUGACCACAAAACACUCUAUUAUGACGUGGAGCCAUUUCUUUUCUAUGUUCUAACACAGAAUGAUGUCAAGGGCUGCCACCUUGUUGGCUACUUUUCUAAAGAAAAGCACUGCCAGCAGAAAUACAAUGUCUCCUGUAUCAUGAUUCUCCCCCAGUACCAACGUAAGGGCUACGGCAGGUUCCUCAUCGAUUUCAGUUAUUUGUUAUCAAAGCGUGAAGGCCAAGCAGGCUCUCCUGAGAAACCAUUAUCAGAUCUAGGUCGUCUCUCCUACAUGGCUUACUGGAAGAGUGUGAUCCUGGAGUGCCUUUAUCACCAAAAUGACAAGCAGAUCAGCAUCAAGAAGCUGAGCAAGCUGACUGGAGUCUGCCCUCAGGACAUCACGUCCACACUGCACCACCUACGAAUGCUGGACUUCCGCAGUGACCAAUUUGUGAUUAUCCGCCGGGAGAAACUUAUCCAGGAUCACAUGGCAAAGCUGCAGCUGAACCUUCGGCCUGUAGAUGUAGAUCCAGAGUGCUUACGCUGGACUCCAGUCAUAGUCUCCAACUCUGUGGUCUCCGAGGACGAAGACGAGGAGGCUGAUGAGGGAGAGAAAGAAGAGCCCCAAGGCCAAGAAAGAGAGCUAGACACCAGGGUGGGGAAGUCUGCGUCUCGGGAGAAAAAAGAUCAGGAGUCUUCCUCUUCAAUAGAAACUGAAAAGAAGCCAGAAGUUAAGGAACUAGCCAGUUCUUCACGUUUGAGCAAACAGGCCCUUCCCCGGGACAGUCUUCCUGCAAACAGCCAGCCACCUCGGAGGGGCCGCUGUGGGAGGAAGAACAGAAAGACACAAGAACGUUUUGGUGAUAAAGAUUCUAAGAUGCUUGUGGAUGAGNCAUUAUCCGCUUCUCAAGAGCAAUACGGAGACUGCGAGGAAAAGUCAGAAACCUCCCAAGAACGGUUCACUGAGAUGGAAGAGCAGUUGGCAGCCCCUCAAGUGCAAGCAGACGGGAAACCAGACAUCCCCAAGGGGAGGUUCAGUGAGAGCGUUGAGUUGUGGCGAGGACAGCUGAAGAAAAGCCCUGAGACCCUGAAGUGCCGAUUGCCAGAAGGAAAUGACCGGCUUCCGUGCUGCUAUACCGAUGGUGACAGGGCUGUCUUUAGGGGCUUCAGCGAGAGCAGUGAGGAGGAGGAAGAGCCAGAGAGUCCCCGGUCAAACUCGCCACCAAUUCUGACAAAGCCCACACUGAAAAGAAAGAAACCGAUUCUUCACCGAAGACGAAGAGUCCGCAAGCGGAAACACCACAAUAGCAGUGUAGUCACAGAGACCAUCUCUGAGACCACGGAGGUGUUAGAUGAGCCUUUCGAAGACUCUGACUCAGAGAGACCAAUGCCACGACUGGAGCCUACAUUUGAGAUGGAUGAAGAGGAGGAGGAGGAGGACGAAAGUGAGCUCUUCCCCAGAGGGUACUUCCAUUGCCUGUCCUCACAGGACAUCCUUAGGUGCCAGUCCUCCUCAAAGAGGCCGUCUAAAGAGGAAGAGGAGGAGGAGGAGGACGAAAGUGAGCUCUUCCCCAGAGGGUACUUCCAUUGCCUGUCCUCACAGGACAUCCUUAGGUGCCAGUCCUCCUCAAAGAGGCCGUCUAAAGAGGAAGAGGAGGAGGAGGAGGAGGAGUCAGACGACGCAGAUGACACUCCUGUCCUAAAGCCAGUAUCUCUCCUGCGGAAAUGUGAUGUGAACAGUGCUUCACUUGAGCCAGAUACCUCUACACCUAUGAAAAAGAAAAAGGGAUGGCCCAAAGGCAAGAGCCGAAAACCUAUCCACUGGAAGAAAAGGCCUGGACGGAAACCAGGAUUUAAAUUGAAUCAGGAAAUCAUAGCUGCUUCUGCACAGGAAUGCAUAGUUGAGCCCGUAGUCCCCAUUAAACCAGGCCGUAAACCCAGAACUCAAGAGAAUGAAGAAAUUGUUGAGGUAAAGGAGGACUUGCUGGAAGAAAGGAAGGAAGAGAUGCACACAGAACCAGAUGAGGAGGCCGAAGAGGAAGAGGAUACAACCAGCAGUGACAUUAGAGCCAUGUCCCCAUUGGACAGCAGCAACAGCCCUGAGGCAGAACCAAAAGAACCCGAGGCAGAGGAGGAAGACGAGAAGCCUUUAGACGAUCAGAGGCAGUCAGAGGAAGAGCCCCAAGAGCUGGAGGAACAGGAGCAAGAGGAAGAAGAUGAAGUGACCACAGAGGCCAACCAGAAUGAAGACCACGAUGCUGACGAUGAGGACGAAGGCCACCUGGAUUCACUAAAGACAAAAGAGCCUGAGGAGCAGCCAGCUAGAGAAGACGACAAGGAGGAGCCUGGCAUCCAGGAAUCUUUUUUAGCUGCAAACAUGCAGGACAGUAGGGAGAAUACAAAGGAUAAAGAUGAGGCUGAACCGGAUUCUGAGGAGGACCAGCCUUCUCAUGAGGCUUCUGUGGUAUCAGAAACCAUGCCAGGCUCAGAGGAGGACCAUGAGGAAGACUCCAACACUAAGGAAGAGUUAAUUGAGCUAAAGGAGGAGGAAGAGAUCCCACACAGCGAACUGGACCUGGAGACCGUACAGGCAGUGCAAUCUUUGACUCAAGAAGAAAGCAGUGAGCAUGAAGGAGCCUACCAGGACUGUGAAGAAACUCUUGCAGCCUGCCAGACACUGCAGAGUUACACCCACACUGAUGAGGACCCCCAGAUGUCAAUGGUUGAAGACUGUCAUGCUUCAGAGCAUAAUAGCCCGAUAUCCUCCAUUCCAUCUCAUCCUAGCCAGUCAGUCCGCUCCGUCAACAGCCCCAGCAUGCCUGCCCUGGAGAGUGGCUACACACAGAUCAGCCCAGAGCAAGGAUCCCUGUCCGCACCCUCUAUGCAGAACAUGGAGACCAGCCCCAUGAUGGAUGUGCCUUCCGUAUCAGACCACUCUCAGCAGGUGGUAGACAGCGGCUUCAGUGAUCUGGGCAGCAUCGAGAGUACCACAGAGAACUAUGAGAACCCAAGCAGCUAUGAUUCCACCAUGGGCAGCAGCAUUUGUGGGAAUAAUUCCUCUCAGAGCAGCUGCUCGUAUGGCGGCCUGUCGUCUUCAAGCAGCCUCACCCAGAACAGUUGUGUUGUUACUCAGCAAAUGGCCAACAUGGGCAACAGCUGCAGCAUGCUGCAACAGAACACUGUCCAACCAGCCACCAACUGCAAUAUCAAGUCACCGCAGACUUGUGUGGUGGAAAGGCCUCCCAGUAACCAGCAGCACCCCCCCCCCCCCCCCCCCCCCCCCCCCCCCCCCCCCCCCCCCCCCCCGCCACCACAGCAGCCGCAGCCGCCACCACAGCAACAGGCGGCCCCACAGCCUCCCCCACCACAGCCGCAGCAGCAGCAGCAGCAGCCCCCUCCACCACAGCAGCAGCCCCAGCCCCCUCCACCACAGCAGCAGCCCCCUCUGUCGCAGUGCAGUAUGAACAACAGCUUCACUGCAGCCCCCAUGAUAAUGGAGAUACCCGAGUCUGGAAGCACUGGGAAUAUCAGUAUCUACGAGAGGAUUCCAGGGGAUUUUGGUGCAGGCAGCUACUCCCAACCGUCAGCCACCUUCAGUCUAGCCAAGCUGCAGCAGCUGACCAACACCAUCAUGGACCCUCAUGCCAUGCCUUACAGUCAUUCUCCGGCUGUGACUUCCUAUGCAACCAGUGUUUCUCUGUCCAACACGGGACUGGCUCAGCUAGCUCCAUCUCAUCCCUUAGCCGGGACCCCUCAAGCACAAGCCACCAUGACUCCACCCCCAAAUCUGGCGUCUACUACUAUGAACCUCACGUCACCUCUGCUACAGUGCAACAUGUCUGCCACCAACAUCGGAAUUCCUCACACUCAGAGGUUGCAAGGGCAGAUGCCAGUCAAGGGGCACAUUUCUAUCCGUUCCAAGUCUGCACCUUUACCCUCUGCAACUGCACACCAACAGCAGCUAUAUGGCCGCAGCCCACCAGCAGUUGCCAUGCAGGCUGGCCCUCGUGCAUUGGCUGUUCAGCGUGGCAUGAACAUGGGGGUUAAUUUAAUGCCCACUCCAGCCUAUAAUGUCAAUUCCAUGAAUAUGAACACCUUGAAUGCCAUGAACAGUUAUCGAAUGACACAGCCCAUGAUGAACAGCAGUUACCAUAGUAACCCUGCCUACAUGAACCAGACAGCACAGUAUCCUAUGCAGAUGCAGAUGGGGAUGAUGGGAAGCCAGGCCUAUACCCAGCAGCCUAUGCAGCCAAACCCUCACGGGAACAUGAUGUACACUGGCCCCUCCCAUCACAGCUACAUGAACGCUGCUGGUGUGCCCAAGCAGUCACUUAACGGACCUUACAUGAGGAGAUGAGCGAGGUGGGCCGGCAGGCAGAAGCUUAAAUCUAUAUAAAUAAAGGAACUUUUUAUACUGACAAACCAGAGAAGAAAAAUGGACCUUUUUUCCAAUUAAAAGAUUACUGUAGAGUUAGAGGAGUUUUUCUUUGGUUUAUUAUUAUUACUGUUUUUGUUUUGUUUUUAGAAAACCUGAUCUCUUUUUGGGGGUUCAACUUUGUUUUGGGUUUUUGUUUUCUUCACAGUCUUGAACAUUUUACAGUAGAACUCAUCUAAAGAUGGAUUUGGGUAGGGGAAACAUGCACAGAAUCUUUUCAUAAUUAAAAGGAGCCUUACUUUCUUUAUAUACCACAUGGACAGAAUUUAUGUAAACGUGAAUUUAUUUUUAUUUUACAAUGUAUGUUUCCCCUCACUGUCUGCAGCUCCCGCUGUUGUCAUUUUAAAUGUUAUAUAUACAUCUCAAGGGUCACCCAGGCCCUGUCCUCCAGACCCAACCUUCAUUUCCCACUUCAUUCCAACAGGAGGCACUUAGGGGAACUGGGAUGGGGACGUGGAGAACAACCCAAGCUCCUUAAACUUAAUGUUGUUAUUAUUAUUCAUAAAGUGAAGCAGGUAAUGCUUCUCCUUGUAAAAUUCCCUCCCCUCCUCCCUACACACACACACACACACACACACACACACACACACCCUCUGGAAAUUUUUCCCCAAGAGUGUUUCUAGGUAGACUUCAUUGAAAUUGUUCUUCCUUAAUCAAGUAUAAUAUAAUUCCUUUUUUUUUUUUUAAUAUUCCCACUCAGCACUCAGAGACACAAAAAUACUGUAAGUCUCACUUAACAGCAGAAUCUCAGAGGAAAGCUGUUUGCAAUCCUCCUCCAGCCUUUGGAGGACUCAGAGGGUCAGCUAACAAUCAGAAAGGGGAGCUGUACCNCUGGGUCUGUACUACCUGGUGGACCAGCCAUAACAUGCACACUCCACUCGCCGCCUCUGUAGUAUGUACUUGGGAAUGUGGACUGAGGGUCUUGUGCUUGCACCUUUGACUCUGGUAACCCUCAGAGCAAGCCCCUGUGAUUUGCCUGUCAUAUCUUAUCCAUAGUCUCCAUGAACGACUGUAGUAUCAGUGACUUAGAAAACCCCUGGUGCAGACGGAGUCCCAAGGGAGANGAUGGUGUGACUCUUGUAGCUGCAGAAGUGAUGCAUACCUCUCGUUUUCAUUUUGUCUUGAGAUCCUGAAUUCACCCCCAAGAACCAGUGUGCACUAGCCCCUCUCCUGUGAGGACGAGCAAGGAGAGACCACCACCAGCAUAGUAGGGCACAGCUGGCAGUAGGGCUUCAGGAGGCUCACAUGUUGUCUCACUAGUUUGCCCGUCCUCUUCCUACUCGCUCCAGGGAUAGGUAAAAAACUAUAUAUAUAAUUAUAAUUAUAUAUAUAUAUUAUAUAUUCCAUCAUUAGAAGAUGGAAACUAUUAUACCACUUGGUAUGUGCAGUCAAAUAUCCAAAAGGAGGACAUAAUGCUUAAAAAGUUACCUGUAAGCAUAAAUUCUCUCCUUUAUUUGUACAUUUUAUAUAGAUACAUUUUUAAAGUACUAAUUAGGCAUUACAUUUUUUUCAAAUGCACAGGUUUGUUGGGCUUUUUUAUAGACCUUAAUUGGCUUUCUCAAUUAAGUGUGUUAGCUAGAAAAGCAGAAUUCCACACUGUCCCGCUAUCAACUCUGAGCAUGCGCAAGGCUGCGUAGGACCCAGUUUCUCUGUAUAUACUGUUCCGGUUCCCAGUCAUCUCUGUAGAAUGUGCACCGUGCUGCCCUCUCCCACAUCUUCAGCUAUGUCAUUGCUUCCUGGAUGGGAUGGGGCAGGGAUGGGAGGGAGGGAAGGGAGGUCUAUUUGGGAGGAGGGUGGGUCAAGGCAGAAGGAGACGCUGUUGAAAUGAGGGCCGUGAAUUCACUUUCUGUUGGUUUGCAGUUGUGUUUGGAUUUCUUUGUUUUGUUUUGUUUUUAAAUUCAAUCAGGCAGCUCCCUUUUCUGCAAGCCUCUUUGUGACUGUAGAACUAUUGUAGAAAAAAAAAAUAUGUUCUUUUCUAUAUUAUAAAAGAAAAUUAUCCAACACGGUAAUAUUGGUACCUGUCAUUUUUUCACUUCUGUUUUAAAAAAAUGUAUUUUUAGCAAGAUAACUUGGGUAAUCUUCUAAAAAAGAAAUUUAAAAACUCACUUGUUAGUGACUUUGAUGCCUUUUAAAAUGAGAGCUUUUUCAUUUCAUUCCAUCUUUAAAAUUUUUUAUCUUUGUUGUAGAAUAUUAAAAACUAUUUUAAGAAAGAUAAAAAUUCUCUUUAAAGAGAUGUCUAGAGUGUGUGAAUAGAGCCCCAGAUGCCUCUAAAAGCCGCAUGUACAAACCGAGUCUACUCCCGUCUGUUUAUAUUUGCUUUCCUGUUUUGUAACCUCUUUGUACUCUGUUCCUGGUGACUUGUAAGCCGAGGGGAGGGGCACCUAGACGCCUUGGUGUUUCUCCAUGUCAUACGCUCCUGGCCAGGCAGCCCCCCUCCCUCUCCUUGUAUGUAAUAUCUUUUCCCCCUUUCUAGCAAGUACUUUCAAAAGAACUCUGUACAUUUUAACAUAAAAAAAAUAAAUUAUGUUGAGCCAUUUUGGA